AUGUGUCCUUUCAUGCUGAAGGAAAGGGAAAUUGGCUCUGAUGUACUUGAGUGCAAGGAAGUGGUUGCACUUAUUGAAAAGGCUGGACUGAUGAAGACCAUUCUCAAGGUGGGAAGGUGUUAUGAAAAACUGGUGAGGGAAUUUCUGGUGAAUCUGUCUGUGGAAGUGGGACUUCCUGAAAGUGUUGAGUUUAGAAAAGUGUUUGUCAGGGCAAAAUGUGUUGAAUUCUCCCCUGAUGUGAUCAACAAAGCACUUGGUAGAAGUGUUGUUGAGUUUAUUGAUGAGGAACUGUCCUUGGAUGUGGUUGCAAAGGAGAUCACUGCUGGUCAAGACAAGAAGUGGCCCACCAAGAAGUUGCUGUCUACAGGAACACUAAGUGUGAAGUACGCCAUCCUUAACAGGAUUGGGGCUGUGAAUUGGGUUCCUACCCAACAUACUUCUGGAGUUUCUACUGGUCUUGCCAGACUGAUCUACAAAGUUGGCACUUCUACUGAUUUUGAUUUUGGGUCUUUUCUGUUUGAACAGACUCUGAAGCAUGCUGAUACUUGUGCUGGGAAGCUGCCCAUCUCAUUUCCAUCUCUUCUUAUAGAGGUCAUUCUUCAACAGCAUCCUGAGAUUAUCAAGGCUGAUGAGGUGCCUUUGCCCAAGGGUGUUCCCAUUACCCUGGAUCAGCGAUUGUUUAUGGAGCCACAUGUCAUAGACAUUGCUGUUCCAUUUAGCAUGACUUCUGCCCCUGCUUCUGUGAGUGACUCUGGCAAUAAGGCCAUUAUUGCUGAACUAAUGGAUGUUUCUAAGGUUCUGCAUGAGACUAUUAGGAUCAGUACUGCAAGGAAGCUAAAGGUUUAUGUUUCCCUUCUCAAGCUUCAAGAGGAAGAAGGUCAAGAGGGUGAGCCAAGUGGUGCUGCUACUGCUCCUCAAGAUGCCAGCGCUGAAGAAGAGGGAGAAUCUGAAGAGAGUAUAAAAGAAACUGAAGGAGACUCCAGUUCUGAAGAUUAG